UAGUAAAACGUUUGAACACAUAAUCGUAAACUGCUCUGUUUGUACAGUAUAUGCCCAAAGGCUGCUUAAACUUUUCCUCUCAACAAAUUUGUUUUUUCCUUGCAUAUUCAUUUAGUCAACUUGUGUAUAUCUGGAUGCAAUUGAUUCAACAUCCUUUUCUCACGAUCGAGCACGUACGUCCAUAAAGAACAGACUGUUUUCUUUAUCAGGCUCUACCUCCUCAUCGUUUAGCUAAAACUACGCCUAUGUAUUUAAAUCCAAAUGAAUUAAAGUACCCGUAUAAACAUUUGGAAUAGAUCAAGUCACGUGUCGCGACUCGUUGAUGAAGCUCCAACUCAUUUGCGUUCCUGUCACAACAUUUUCAACAUAGUGUAGAUACAGACCGAAAAAAAAGGGCGGGAUUGCUCACGCUACCCCAACAUCCUACCCUCUCCGACACGAAACUUUAUGUCUGUUGCGGCCAAAAAAAGUUUUCUCCCCGCUUCACAGCAUACGUAUAAUUACACGCGGGGGCCAGACAUAUAGGGGCCAGAUACGUUCGUAUGAUAAUAUCCAUAGUAGAGAAUACAAAUAAAACUUAAACUAGAUUCAAGUCGUACGUAUACAUUCGUUCGUCUUUUGAAGAUUUGCGUGUCUGCAAAAAAAAUGUGUUCCAGACAGACAGCUAUAUAUAGUAUACUAUAUACUAGAAAAAACAAGCUAUAGAGUGCAUUGCACGAAAGGAACUAUCAAACAGGGGGGUAGGAAUAAAGGGGGGAAUAAAAAGAGUCAAUCCGCCGAGGCAGGGGCAGAUCUUUUUAGCUGAUGGGCGGUCUAUAGUCUUUCCACUGACAUAAUAAUGUCUCGUCUGACUGUCUCAGCCCUUCCAACCGGGUUGAUUCACGCGUACUCCUCCCCCCCUCCUGAUCAAUUAGAUCCGCAGCCACCGGCUUCCCCCCCGCCUGAACUUAUUGAAUUAUUCAUUAGAGGCUGCACGCUCUUUUGCCCAAAGAGAGAGAGAUAUCCAAGUAUAUUUACAAUAUAAGCUGCUCAUUCAACAGUGUGCUGCUUCCAUUCUUUUGUGUAUUCACAUAGUCUCGUUUAAAGGCUCUCUCGGUGCAACGCCCCUUUGCUUUUUCUUCGUCUAAAGAUAAGCAGUCUCAAGAGUUGGUUAACGGGUUUACCGAUUCCCCCACAUUGCGUCUUAAAUAUAUAUAUAUUUCUUUUAAUUCAAUUUGGGCUGUGAGUAAUUGACGGUUUUUCGUACAUAUAACUUUUAGCUUCUCCCAACGUCGACUUGCAUCGUCAAGAUCACGAUUUAUAGACAUGGCAGUCGCUUUUGUGUUUGUAUAACUCACCCGUUACCCAUGGCAACCGCCGGGCUCGCCUGUUUACAGUCAGCGUGAGUCACACACGAGGAAAGUAUAAACGGGUAUUCUCGUCAAUGAUGGCGUCAUCGGAACGUCAGUGGGUCGCUAGUAAAACGGUCGGUCGUGUUAUCCAUCCUAGAAAAAUUGGACUGAGACUUGAACCUUUGAGUUUAAUUCUACUUUACGAAGACGGAGUUAAGGUGAGAAAGAGAUCUAUGCCAAUUAGGAGCCUCAAGGCAACAGCUGAUCCGCGUUGUCGAGCUGAAGAAUUCAAAUUACGUCACAUGACGUAUUUGGCCAGUGUGCCUGCAGUGGUAUUGACCAAACUGAUCUCUAUCGCUCAGCAAGUGUUGAUCGGACUGACCAUCACAGAAGCGAUAGAUAAAGUAUCAGAACAUUUCACUGUUAAUUACGAGCGUGACCUGAAUACUGUUUCAGAAUCGGAAUUAAAACGGCAGAAAGAGCUCAUGGAAUUGACGUUCCUCAACAAUGCCAUCAACCCUUUAGAUCCACGAUUUGUAUACGAUAAGCAAGUCACAUUUCAUCGACCCAUUGGUCCGUCUGAUUGGGAUGAGGAAGAGAAUGAUGCAAAUUAGUUUUGCAUGAACGGGCUCAGUGAUCUGGCAACGGUGCCCAGAGAUCAUUCUAGUUACAUGUCAAAACAAUCAAGAACGAAUAAAAAAAAUCAAUUGACCACGUCAUCUCAAUUUUAUGACGGCAGCCUGGCGAAAUAAUUACAACGUAGUGUGUGUAAAAUUCAUCACAGUAAAUACAACAGGUUUAUUGCAAGA